AGCACUACAUCACUUGUGCGUCGCUGAUGUUGGAGCGCACGGCUGAGGGGUGCUGGACUUUCUGAGAUUUUUCAUUGGAGGACGGAGUCCAAAAGCUCCAGUCAGGAAACGUGUCAGGUUUCAGGGAGCGGGUGGGGGAGUGACAUUUCUUCAGGGGGAGAGAGAAAGAGAGAGAGAGAGGGGGAGAGAGAGUGAGAGAGCGUAAGAGAGAGAGAAGAAGGAGGAAAAAAGCUCCAAGCUUGACAAAAGCAUAUGAGAAGACGACCAAGGUCCUCGGAGACUGAAAAGAGCUUUGGAGUUGAGUGACUAGCAUAAGCCCAGAGUGUGUGUGUGUGUGUGAGUGUGUGUAGAGCGUGUUUACUGUGCGCGUGUGUGUAGGAGGACGUCGAGACAGCCGCUUUUUCACACGUUUUAAGUGUCUUUGGAGGAGCGCAGAUAUCGGACCAUCUGAGAAAUCCAGGAGGACCUGAAUUUGUGCAAGGACGUGAAGGACUCUAACGGAGGGAAAAACAAUCUUUAUUCUCUUUUUGUCUGCUCUGUUGCUUCCCAAAACUGUAUGGACGGAUAAAUAAUAAUUAAGCAAACUCUCGCGGAUUUUUUUUUUUUUUGCGACGCUCCCAUCUGGCAAUGCUGCUGGCUGCAAAGGAUCAGUGAUUUCUUUGGUUGCGGCUUUAUUUGUUUACUUAUUUAUAUUUUUGUGCUUCGUUUUUUGCCGACUUGUGGAAUUUGGAAUAGUGAACUUUUGAGUGGUGGAGUUGGGGGAAGAAAAAAAAAGAAGUCGCUUGUUUCACUCGUUCAUGCGGAUUAAGAAGCUCAGCACUCCGGGCCGCAGGAGUGAUCGGAUCCUUCCAGUGGGCUUCAGUUCAUGAGCUGCCGUCUGCAGUUCAUGGUCGGGUGGAGGCCCUCAGAUGGGAUCAGUGUCCAGGGGGAGAUGGAGGAAAGGGGGAUGGGGAGGUGUGUUUGCCACUGACGCCAUGCCCACCUGGCCAUGGCUCUUGGUUGUGCUUCUGCUGAUGAGCCUGGCGUCGACUGUCCGGGCACGGCCACCUAUUGUGCCCAGCGAAGAGGUGGAGGCCGCGGUUGCUGAAGACCCUUCCGUCAAUUCCGAGAGCUCUAAGGCCACCGUGUGCUCGGUGCACCCAGGAGAUAUUGUGAAGCUGAACUGCCCGCUGCCUGAGGCAGCUGCCAUCGUGUGGACCAAAGACGGCACGUCGCUUAUUCCGGACAACCGCACGCUUAUUGAGCGUGAGCAGCUUCACAUCCGCCAUGCUGCACCGACUGACUCGGGCCUGUACUCAUGCCAGGCCACUGGCGCUAGGUCCACCGAUGCGGUUUGCUUCAUUGUUAAUGUCACAGAUACCAUCUCAUCCGGUGACGAUCAGGACGACGCUGAGCGAUCGGAUGAUGUCGGGGCAGACACCGAACAGAUGCGGGCACCAUACUGGACCUCGCCAGAAAAGAUGGAGAAAAGGCUCCACGCUGUACCGGCAGCCAACACAGUGAAAUUCCGAUGUGCAGCGGAGGGAAAACCAGUUCCGACGCUACACUGGCUCAAAAACGGAAGAGCUUUCCGACCUGAAGACCGCAUGGGUGGCUAUAGGGUCCGACAUCAGCACUGGACUUUGAUCAUGGAGAGUGUGGUUCCUUCUGAUAAAGGCAACUACACCUGCAUAGUGGAGAACAAAUAUGGCUCAAUCAACCACACCUACACCCUGGAUGUAGUUGAACGUUCUCCACACCGGCCCAUCCUCCAGGCGGGUCUGCCAGCUAACGCCACGGUGCAUGUGGGAGAGGACGCUCGCUUUGUGUGCAAGGUGUACAGCGACGCCCAGCCACACAUCCAGUGGCUGCAUCACAUCACGAAGAACGGCAGUCGAUAUGCCUCAAACGGAGACCCUUACGUUCGUGUCCUCAAGACGGCGGGUGUAAACACCACGGAUAAAGAGAUUGAGGUCCUCUUCCUGCCCAACGUUACUUUCAGUGACGCUGGUGAAUAUACGUGCUUGGCGGGUAACUCUAUUGGGAUCUCCUAUCACUCUGCUUGGUUGACGGUUCUUCCAGCCAAUUCGGAAACCCCAGAGUUAGAAUAUCCACCCGACUACGUAGAGAUUGCCAUCUACUGCAUCGGCGUGUUUCUGAUCGCCUGCAUGGUGGUGAUCGUGAUCGUCUGCAGAAUGCGCACCUCUAUCAAGAAACCCGAUUUCGGAGGCCAGCCUGCCGUGCACAAGCUCACCAAACAGAUCCCUCUGCGCCGCCAGGUAACAGUUUCAGCAGACUCCAGCUCCUCAAUGAGCUCCAGCACGCCGCUGGUGAGAAUCACAACACGCAGAAGUUCUGAGCACGAGCACAUCAUCCCAGAAUAUGAGCUCCCUGAAGAUCCUCGCUGGGAAUUUUCCAGAGACAAGCUGACGCUGGGCAAGCCGCUAGGUGAAGGCUGUUUCGGACAGGUGGUGAUGGCAGAAGCGCUGGGCAUCGAUAAGGACAAACCCAAAGAAGCCGUUACUGUAGCAGUCAAGAUGUUGAAAGACGACGCAACAGAGAAGGACCUCUCAGACCUGGUGUCAGAGAUGGAGAUGAUGAAGAUGAUUGGCCGGCACAAAAACAUCAUCAACUUGCUGGGGGCGUGUACACAAGACGGUCCACUAUACGUGAUAGUAGAGUACGCAUCUAAAGGGAACCUGAGGGAGUACCUGAGGGCCAGGAGACCACCUGGGAUGGAGUACUCAUAUGACAUUGCUCGUGUUUCUGAAGAACCGCUUACCUUUAAAGAUCUGGUCUCCUGCACUUAUCAAGUGGCCCGAGGCAUGGAGUAUUUAGCCUCUCAGAAGUGUAUACACCGAGAUCUAGCUGCCAGAAACGUGUUGGUCACCGAGAGCAACGUGAUGAAGAUUGCAGACUUCGGCUUGGCCAGAGACGUCCACAACAUCGAUUACUAUAAAAAGACCACUAAUGGUCGCUUGCCAGUGAAGUGGAUGGCUCCCGAGGCACUUUUCGACCGCGUGUACACACACCAGAGCGAUGUAUGGUCGUUCGGGGUGCUCAUGUGGGAGAUCUUCACUCUGGGGGGCUCACCCUAUCCUGGGAUUCCUGUAGAAGAGCUCUUCAAACUUCUAAAAGAGGGCCAUCGCAUGGACAAACCCACCAACUGCACCAAUGAUUUGUAUAUGAUGAUGAAAGACUGUUGGCACGCGAUCUCUUCACAGAGGCCCACGUUUAAGCAGCUGGUGGAAGAUUUGGACCGUAUUCUCACGCUGGCAAGCCAAGAGGAAUACAUCGACCUGUGUGCUCCAACAGAGCAAUACUCACCGUGUUUCCCGGACACUCGGAGCUCCUGUUCUUCCGGAGAUGACUCAGUGUUCUCUCACGAGCCCUUACCGGACGAGCCAUGCCUUCCCAAAUACCAGCACAUCAACGGUGGCAUAAAAACAUGAGGCUUCUGGAUGGAACACCAGCGGGAGACACGCGACUCCUUAAAACUUUUGUCUUCCUCUACUUUUUUUUGCCUCGUUUUUCCUUUCCUCACUGCUCCCGCUGGACUUACGGAGCAUGGGAUGCAGGGAUUCUCUGGCAAUGCUGCUGUCCUUUAAGAUGAACUAGUUGAGUGUGUGAUGUUACAAAAAAUGUACACACACACACACUCACUCACACACACACACACACACAAACAAAAAACAAA